AUGUCAGCAGUCCCGACAGUAUACGCAAAGAAUCAGCCAACUGGCUUCACUAAUCGCAUCCAAAGGACAACCAUUGGUGGCGGUCAAAUGGGUAAGCAUCUUACUGUGCACCUUCUUGCGACUAAGAAGCAUAUCAUCACUGCUAUCACCCGGCCUGCUAGCACUAAUCAACUGCGCGAAAGUCUCAUCGUUGUGCGCAUUGACUAUGCUAGUGAAGACGCAUCUGAUAUAGACGCUCUGGUAGACGCUCUCCACAACCAACAAGUCCUUUUAAUCACAAUGUCCCACCACGCCCUAGCUGCGACCACAAACCCCGUUCUUGCAGCCGCCAAAGUAGGUGUACCUUAUGUCCUACCCAGCUGGUUCGGCCACGAUGCAGCCAACGAGGCCGUGAUUAAGGAUUCCAUGAUGAUGGGCUUCCUAGACAACGCGAAGGUGAUCGGGCGCUUAGGUGUCAGCUUUGACUUCUUGUUAGUGUGCAACUUCUGGUACGAGUUCAGUCCAGGUGGCGGACCACAACGAUACGGCUUCGACUUCAAGGAGCGUUCGCUCACGCUAUAUGAUGGAGGCAAAAUAGCCAUCAACACAUCGACGUGGCUACGGUGUGGUCGCGCGAUUUCAAAACUGUUGAGCCUGAAUGAGCUACCUGAGGAUGAGAACGACAUCUCACCUGCGAUCUCGCAGUCCUGCAACAUAUACGUCUACAUCUCUUCUUUCCGCGUUAGCUAA